CAGUUGCCAUUCGUGAAAAGUAAAAUGAAGGCAUAAGACGCUACUUCAUCUCGUCACCAUUGUAUCACGUUUCACAUUUUUAACGAAAUAGAAAAAACCCACAUACUUUUCACAACCAGAAAAUAGUUUUUGUCAUUUUUCUUUUAAUUUGUGACAGUGAAAUUAUAUAUUUUCAGUUAAUUUCAUUUUAUAAAUUGAAAAUUAUCGGAAAAUUGCAGAGUAGAAACGAAAUACCAAAAAUUCCAUAGACCCAUAAACCGUUCUCAGUGUUAAACAUAUUCGUAAUUAAGGAACCAUUUAAAGGGAUAGAAAAAAAAAAAACAACAAUGGCAUCACCAUCGAUUGCAUCGUAUUUUAAUGUUCGAAAACGAGCGGCCGCCGAUGAUAUUGUGAAUGCACGAAAUAAAGUGAGCCGUUUGGAAGCGACAACUGAAUCAUCCGGUCGUGCUCAAGCAUUGGUUCAACGUGCAAUUUUAGCCAAAAAUAAAUUGGUUGAUGCUGAUACAUUUGGUGUAAAUGCAAGCCCAUCGCCAAUUAUUAACAAUGCAAAAGUGAUUGAGUCGGCACCAGCCAAAGCAACACCGCUUGAACGGCGUACAACUCGGCGUACAGUGAAGCGUACAACAACGACCUCAGAUACGGCCGGCAAGGAAUCAUUGAAACAGCAAAAAAUCGUAAAAUUCACAUUGGGCGGUUCAUUGUCGCCACGUAAAAAGGCAUCAAGCUCACCAGCCAAAGCAUUUAAAUCGAUCGUUCGGAAUGGAAGUAACGAUGCGCUUACAACAACGCCAACAAAACAAUCGAAAUCGGAUGAAUCGAAACCAUCCACGUCCGAUGGAUCGAACAAAGCAAACAUUGUCAACAAGAAUUUGACCAGUGUACGAAAAGAAUUAUCUUUUGAUGAGAUAAAAGCAAAAAUCGGACGCAGUUCACGUCUUGAUGAUCUAAAAGCAAUAUUGAACAAACGACAACAGCUUGAAGAACAAUAUCAAGCUUGUAUUAAUAAACGCAAUGCCAAGCAAAUGGCAAACAGCUCACCAGCCAAACUCGAUGGCCAGAGUCUCAAGGAAUUUGACACAAUUGAACUAGAAGUUUUAUCAAGUCCACAAAAGGGUCUUCGAACACCAACCAAAACACCAAUAAAGACAACGUUGAAAGAGCCAGGCAGCGCUGAGAAAAAUCCAACGGCUCAUGAUGAUUUGAUGUCACCAAAGAAGGCUGCAACGCCUCGUCGUCUCUUCAGUCCAACCAAAUCGAAUGCUGUGCCAGCGUAUCAACGUUUCGCAAACUUAGCAAGCGACGCAGUCAGCACAUCACUUCAAUUGCCAUACAAAUAUCGUAGCCUACUGGAAACAUUCCGUUGUGUCGAUUCAAUUUGUGCCAUGUUCUAUAAUCGCAAAGAAACGAUUACAUUCAAAAAGCUCAAACCAGCCGUACAACGAAUGAUGCGUAAAAAUUUAACCGAAAAUCAUUUGGCACAAAUCAAAUACUUGGAUCCCGAUGCGUACAUAUUUGAGCAACGAAAAAUGUUAAAUCCGGGUUCGCAUACCAAAUACGAUUACUAUCAAUUGGUAAUAACACCGAAUGUUCAACCACUACCGGUCAGUGCCAGCGAUGAAAUCGGCGUGAAAAAACUUGACGAUGAUAAUAUUGUUCGUAAAGCCGAUGCCAAAACAAUGAAUCCACAAAUAAUGAUUGCACGUUAUCAUCGUUUCCAACAGACUCUAUUGGAUCGAGUUAAGCAUGAACAUGAUCUAUUCUUACGUUCAUUACAACCACCGAUGAUGAUUGCAAAGGAUAAAGUACGACGCUGGCAUGCGGAAUUUAAUUUAGAAGGUUGCCCCGAAAUAUUGCCGGGUGAAAUACCACAACCGCCAAACAUUGAAAAAUUCUCAUCGGCCAAAGAUAUUCUAUCGACAGCACGAAAUCUAUUCAAUUGUGCAACACCAUCGGAACGAAUGAUGGAACGUUAUGUGGAAGCACAAAAUGCAAUUAAAACACCAACGAUGUCACCUGCAAUUGAAAGUUCAAGCACACCAACGUCGACACAAUCAUCGAAUUCAAUACCGGCGGCCACCGAUGAUCCGGUUGCCAAAGUACUCAAGGGUGUUCCAAAGUCAUUGCUGGAGAAAAUCCGUGCAAAACAAGCGGCCAAACAACUUGACGCAAUGACACGACGACCAUCACAAGAUGCUGAAGCCAAUAAAUAUGCUCGUCUACCUGAACUUGCGCGAUACAUUCGAAAUAUUUUUGUGACAGAAAACAAAGGCGUCUUGGAAUUGGAUAAAGUCAUGUCAAAGCUUGAGAACAGUUUUCGUGAAAAGAUAACACGUGAAAAUUUGCGUGAAUUACUUGAACUGAUGUCAAAAGAAGCACCGCGCAAUUGGCUUACAUUCCAUUUCAUUCGUAAAACUGAUUUCAUUAAAAUCAAUCGUCACGAGAAUUUAGCCGAAGUCAUCAAGGAAUUGGAACGCAAAGCGGCCGAAAAAGCCGAAUAAAUCACGACUGAGUAUUAUAUACGACAUCGACUGAAUGAAACCAAAAAAAAAAUACCAGUAGAGAAAAAUAAUGUAGAGAAUUUGAAAUUUGUUUCCUUUUUUUAGCUUAGAAUUAGUUAGGAUCAACUGUUGGAAGUUUUUCCGUUAUAGUUUGAAUAUCAAUUAUUAGAUACCAUGGAAUGUUCCAUUUGCAGAAAUAAUUAUGAGUGCAUUAUAGUUUUUUUCUUAAAUUUCUUCUUCAAGAAUGCUAUUUAAAUAUUGUUGACAUGCCAUUCUGGGAUCGUGUCAUUUUAACACGACGAAAAUAAAACACGAUUUGAUCUUAA